GCCACUGCAUACCAAACGUAACCUCAAUUUUACAUUGUCAGUCGAACACGAAAAGUGAUCAACAACAACGUCUAUUUCAUCCGACAAAAUACUAAAUUUAUAAGCGAUUUGUGGUUGGAAUGUGUGAUAAAAAGACCCCAACGUAAUUUAAAUCCAAAAAACAAUCAGUGCAACGGUUGCGCUCAGCUCUACCCAUCAAAAUGUUAAAAGUUAUGCCAGUUUGGAGAUCAUCCAUACCAAGACUCACUAUCAAUGCACCACAGUUCAGUACUCUCUGCCGACCAAACUGCAUCAACCAACAACCACUAUUAUCGGGAUCAUCUAAUCCGGCUCUACCACGGUAUCAGAACAACCAUCGCCACUUCAGCAUCGCUUCAUCUAUUUCAAAUAUAUGGAUAACAAUAUCCAACAGCACACCAGUAGCAUAUUUUCAGCAAGGAUUAGUCUCGUUACACGACGCAACUGGUCUGCCAUGGUGGGCUACCAUAGUUCUAUCGACGAUUCUCUUACGUUCCUGCAUCACCGUACCGUUAACCAUCUACCAGAACAAAAUUGUAGCCAAAAUCGAACUGAUAUCCAUGGAAAUGCCGGACAUCGUAAAGGAGCUGAAAGUGGAAGCGGCACAGGCUAAACAUUUGUACAAAUGGACCGACAAACAAACGAAAAAUGUGUUCAAUCGAUCGGUGAAAAAACAGUGGACUGCCCUAAUCGUGCGUGAAAAUUGCCAUCCAAUGAAAACAAUGAUAGUUCUCUGGGGUCAAAUACCGUUGUGGAUCGUACAAUCAGUGGCCCUUCGCAACCUAAUCGGCAUGAUGCCGAAUCCGAAUUCAUUUGAAGCUCAACUGGCCUUCACGCAACUGACCAUGGGUGGAUUCGGUUGGAUACCAAAUUUAACGGAAAUCGAUGCAUCAUACAUACUGCCCGUUGCGUUGGGAAUGAUAAAUUUGGCCAUCAUUGAAAUUCAAGUUAUGUCGAAGAUUCGUCCGCCAACAAAACUGCAAAAGUAUGCGUCAAAUUUCUUCCGGAUUCUAAGUGUGUGUAUGGUGCCCAUAGCCGCAACAGUGCCGUCAGGUUUGGCAUUGUAUUGGACAACGUCGAGUGCAUUUGGGCUGGCCCAGAAUUUGGUGCUAAUGUCACCGAAAAUCAAAAGAAUGGCUGGUGUUCCGGAUACGCCUAGUCAAUUAGAGGAUCCCUACAAACACUUGAUUGAUAUGACAAAAGAAAGGUGGAACAAUUUGCAAAGUGUUUUUCGUUUCAAUAAAUAGAGUUGCCAAAGAGCUGGAUAAUUUGUUGUUUCUAUGGAACAUUAGACUCACCUUAAUACUUCUUGCGAUGUUAAUUUAAUGUUUUCUAUUAAAAAAUAAAAAAUCAAAGUUGAA